GUCAUAACGUCCGGUAUUUUCUUUGACUUCUUCUAUUUCUCUUGUCUUCUCUCUGUUAAACCCCCUCUCCAUAAAACCUCCCCCGAUAUCAUCGUUCGCUUUCUGUCCCAUCCCAUCCAUUCACCUUGCCUUCUUCGCUCUCUUCCCUCUUUUCUUUUGUCCUCUCUCUCAUGUUCUUGUCUUCUUAGAACAUUUCCCUUACGUUUUCUCUCUUUCUCUUUCACUUUCACGUUUCUUGAAAAUGGAUUCUUCAGAGCCCACGACUCUCUCACGCGGCAACGGACUGAUUUCCGCGGAAAAGCGUGAGGAAAAAUGCUUUUCCAAACGAAACGAUUCGAAUCCGUCCGGAAAAUCAGGGGAAUCCGAGAACUUUUCGUCGGAGAAAUCGGACGAGAUCGAAGAUACUAUUCGGAAGAUGAUUUGCGACGUGAAAGUUCUCCAGCCUCAUUCGCUGCUCCCGAAGCCCGAGGCGCCACGGGGAUUGAACGACGACGUUUCGGAAGACCAGCCGCAGUCGCCGUACGACAUGCCGGCGAUCGGGAAGUUCAUCCGCGAGAGGAGCAACGGCUUCUCUGCAGCGAUCGUGAAGAGAUUGUCGUCGUUGAAGGAAAACCUCGACGAGCCAAAAGCGAAGGCGAAGACCAAGACCGACGUUACGGAGUUCAAUCUCUCCGGUCUCAGAGUGAUCGUGAAGCUCAAGAGCGAGGAAGAAGAAAUACAGAAAUCGGAGAAACAAGCGGCCAUUAAAGGUCGGAUCAGCUUCUUCUCGAGGUCCAAUUGCCGUGACUGCACAGCUGUGAGGCGGUUUCUCCGAGAGAAGGGGCUGAAAUUCGUGGAGAUCAACAUCGACGUUUAUCCGCAGAGAGAGAAGGAGCUGGUGGAGAGAACGGGGAGUUCAUCGGUGCCUCAGAUUUUCUUCAACGAGAAACUGUUCGGAGGUCUUGUGGCGCUGAAUUCGCUGAGGAACUGCGGGGGAUUCGACCGGAGAGCGAGGGAGAUGCUGGAGAGCAAGUGCCCCGACGACGCGCCGGCCCCACCUGUGUACGGAUUCGACGACGACGAUCAUCCGGAGGAGGAAGAAUCGACGGACGACGUGAUAGGGAUCGUUAGGGUUUUGAGGCAGAGAUUGCCGAUUCAGGACCGUCUGAUGAAGAUGAAGAUCGUCAAGAACUGCUUCGCUGGGGGAGAGAUGGUGGAGGCGAUCAUUCAACACUUGGACUGCGGCCGUCGGAAGGCAGUUGAGAUCGGAAAGCAGCUUGCCAAGAAGCACUUCAUCCACCACGUCUUUGGAGAGAAUGACUUUGAAGACGGAAACCAUUUCUAUCAUUUUCUCGAACACGAACCAUUUAUCCCCAAAUGCUAUAACUUCCGAGGAUCCACAAACGAUGGUCAGCCAAAGUCUGCAGCCAAAGUUGGUGAAAAGCUCACCAAGAUCAUGUCUGCCAUACUUGAGGCCUAUGCCUCUGAUGACAGAUGCCAUGUUGAUUAUAUUGGCAUCAGCAACAGCGAGGAAUUUCGAAGGUAUGUAAAUUUGACUCGAGAACUUCAUCGGAUAAACCUCGUUGAACUCUCACCAGAUCAGAGGCUAGCCUUCUUCUUGAACUUGUACAAUGCCAUGGUCAUCCAUGCAGUCAUCAGGUUAGGGCAUCCAGAAGGUGUAAUGGAUAGGAGAUUCUUCUCUGACUUCCAAUAUUUAGUCGGAGGGCAUCCCUAUUCCCUUAGUACCAUAAAGAAUGGCAUUCUGAGAAACAAUCGCAGGCCUCCUUAUUUCUUGGUCAAACCAUUUGGCUCUGGAGACAAGCGUUUAGAGCUUGCUCUUUCUAAAGUGAAUCCAUUAAUCCAUUUCGGUCUAUGCAAUGGGACAAGAUCAAGCCCAACGGUGAGGUUCUUUUCAUCCCAAGGAGUUGAAACUGAACUAAGAAGUGCUGCAAGAGAGUUCUUUCAGAGUGUUGGAAUGGAUGUUGAUUUGGAAAAGAGAACGGUGCAUCUCACCCGAAUCAUCAAGUGGUUCGACUCUGAUUUUGGACAGGAGAAAGAAAUCCUAAAAUGGAUCAUGAAUUACUUGGAUGCAACUAAAGCGGGUCUUUUGACACAUCUUUUGAGCGACGGAGGCCCAAUUAGUAUUUCAUACAAGAGUUAUGAUUGGUCUAUGAACUCUUGAAAGAUAUUAGAUAUGGACCCACUUGGAGUCACGUUUUUGGGUCAUUGAAUGAAAAUCUCCUAGUGAUACACCUGCUUUGGCAUGGGAAAUAUUUGUAUAUAAUACUUUAAAUUUUGAAACAUUUGUUACAAGUCAUCGUCGAUAGAGGCUUGAAAUGGAAAUAGAAUUAGAGGGGUUUGUUAAUUUAUUGAUUUGGAAUAGGUAAUGUGUGAAGAACGAAUUGCAACCUAUUACAGGUCAUCUUAGGGAUGAAAGAAAAUGUCAUUGGGAUGGGUGUGAUUCGCUUUAAUUUGGUGAUGAAUGAUAAUGCCAUUGAGAGAGA